AUGCCGUCUCCAAUUAGCAUUGCAAUCAUCGGCGGUGGCCCAGCAGGACUGACAGCCGGUGUAUUGUUACAAAAGCAUGGUAUCCAGUUCACCAUAUUCGAUCUUCGGCAAAAGCCAACGGAUGAAGAGCUGGCUCAACCAUCCGGAGUGUUAGAUCUCCACGAAGAAGCCGGACUCGCAGCCCUCCGAGAAGCUGGACUGUAUGAUGAAUUCUUGCAGUUCACAGGCGAGUGUUCCGAGGCACAGAAAGUCUCAGACAAAGACGGCAACAUCCUCUGGUCAGACGAAGGCGGCCUGGCCGAGAGGCCAGAAAUCUCUCGCCACGCACUGACUAGCCUCUUGAGCUCUCACAUACCGAGCGAAAAUAUUAAAUGGGGUCAUAAGCUACUCUCCUGGACAGAAGUCACCGUCACUAGCGAACGAGGCCAUAAGUUUGAACUUGACUUUGGAUCUCAGGGCAGACACAUUUUUGACUUAGUCAUUGGUGCCGAUGGUGCCUGGUCAAAGGUUCGUAACAUGUUGACAAGUGUGAAGCCCCAUUAUGCCGGCAUCCAGUGUAUCACUAUGACAAUCCGCCAGAUCACGGCUAAAUAUCCCCAUUUGGCUGAGAUGAUUGGUCUUGGAAGUUUCGUCGCUCUCGGUCAUGGACAUGGCGUUAUGACUCAACGAGCAUCACAGGACUCGGCACGCAUCUACAUCAUGCUUUCAAUCAAGGACGAGAAUUUCCCCACGGUGUCUGGUCUAGCUGAUGGACCGCCCUCCGCUGCCGAAGACAGGCUUUUGAACGAUUUAGAACUUCUCGGUCUUUGGGGACCCCUUCUCAAGGAUCUGGUCGUUGUCGCCUGUGAUGAGGAUACGUCUGAUCGUCCAAAUGCCAACCUGGAUAUCAGACCACUUUACACACUGCCUAUUGGGUCUUCAUGGGAACGUCUGUCCGGUGUGACUCUUAUCGGUGAUGCCGCGCACUUGAUGACUCCGUGGGCUGGAGAAGGUGUUAACAUGGCUAUGCUGGAUGCACUAGAGCUGGUCCAUGUCAUCACCAAGGCUCACGAUGCGUCUAGCACGACUACCACCGCGACAUUGGCACUGUUGGAUCCGUUGAUGGAGCAAUUUGAAAAAAAUAUGGUUGCGCGCGCCAAAGUGAAGGCGGAGGAAACGGCAAAAAAUGGCGAGAUGAUGUUUGGAGAGGAUGCAGCGCAGGCAUUUGCUAAGUUUUUUAUCUCAGCUUUCGGUGCUGCUGAAGCUAAAUGA